AUGGACUCACUUAUAUCAGCCGAUAAGGUUAAACUCUCAACAAAGAUAAAGAUUAAUAUUAAACUCUAGAGGGUCUGAGGUAUUAUUGCAGCCUCUUGCUGUCUCAUGGAUAGCUUCGCACUGGCACUUCGCUUUUUAAUCUUACAUCACCAAAAAAUUGUGACAUAGCAAGGUUCUCGGGGGGUCGCGCCCAACAUCUCUUUGGUUCCAGCUAGCGAAAAAAGUCUCCCUAAACUUCCGAUAGGGCUCGUAGUAUGGACCACCUUGCCUCCUCCAUGAUAUAUCUGAGCCAUAUUACAGGCUCGUAAAUGCUCCCAUGGAGCGAUAGGGGACAUUGUGUAGGUAGUUUCUUCUACAAGUCAGUAAAAAAGGUCGAGGGUCAAUCCCUAAACCAAAAACCCCACUUAGGAGAACUAUCAUCAUGUGGCUUUUCUCCUCUAGGUCCGGAUCAACUCACGGAUCACCAGAAUCUACAUUAGAUGUUGCCAUUUAAUAAUUCUUCUUAACAAAGAAGAAAAUUAUUUUAUUCGCUAAUCCUCUAUCUGGCAGCAAUCAAGCACGGAAAUAUCUUCAGCUCUAUUCAAAAGCCUUGGCUUUUGAAGUCAAAUAUACUUUAAAAUGGCGUGGCGGAUCAACUCACCCAGUUAAUGCUGAGGAGCCGAGGGAUCUUGUCGUAUGGAAGAUGGUGUUUGGUAACGUGUAUCCGGCUAUCUUUACUUGGCUUGGUGGAGCGCAAUAUAGGAUAAGGCGGCCGCUUGCUCUCGCUCCAAGUCAAGGUUUAUUUCUUGGGAAAAUGAAGCUCAAAGUGGAAAGGGAAGUCCCAGCAACACCACUGGUUAUUCGAAACGAUCCCAAUGAGAUGCCAGGCGCUGCGUCCUGGGCUACGAGAUUCCAUCUUGGUCGGCGGGUUUUUGAAUUUUCUGGGAAGCUGAAUCCCGUUGAUGUAAGGCAUGGUGACCCAAGUCUAAGACUCACGAGUAGUGAGUGAAAAAGCACCUCGCCUGAGGAGCAACACAUUGAGAUGCUGUGCUUGAACUGGCGAACAAGCGGUGGAGCCUUAUGGAGGUGGUUAGCCUGGGGACCUACUGGGAGCUUUUUAUGAUUUUAAUUAAGUUAAGUUAAGACAUUUGAAGUCGAAAACUCUGCAGUAAAAUUGUAUAUUUAUGAGUUAACUUCAGACAAAGGGAGAAGAGAAGGCACACAAAAAAUAGCUUCGCUUAUGAGCAAAACGGAUGAAAAAAUAAGAGUAGUUGUUGCAGGAGGUGAUGGGAGUUUAAUUUGGAUCAUCGAAGAAUUGCUGAGGUCUGAGAUAGAUAUUAAAAAAGUUGACUUAGGUAUCCUCCCUUUUGGCACUGGGAAUGAUCUUUCUUGUAUGCUAGGGUGGGGGAGAAGUCCGAUGUCACAUUUAAUUGGAAACUCAUUGGAAGGCUUAAAAAAUAGCAUCCAAACGUGAAUGGAAGCGACUCCUCAGAACCUCGAUAUAUGGAGUAUUGAAAUAGACGUUGACUCCCCCCCCUCGAAGUUCGACCAAGAUUUUUUUGGUCGAACUUCGAGGGGGGUUAAGAAAAAUUUUUUUAAAAAAAAUUAUAUUGAAUUUUUUUUAUAUAAUUUAGUAGUUAAAAAAAAAUAUUUAUCAUAUUCUUCUGUAUGGUUGAGAGGGUGUAAGGGUUAGAAAAAAUAGUGCAAGAUGGUUUUGUAACGCUUUUUUAGAACUUGAAUACAAAAAUCGCAAGCUCACCCCCACAUAGUUUAAAAUUUUUGAAAAAUUGCUUAUUUUCCUAGUAAAUUUAUAGGGUCUUGGUCGAACUUUGAGGGGGGUUAAUUUCCAAAAAAAUAGGAAUUUUCCCUAUAUCUUGGUCGAACUUCGAGGGGGGGGAGUGAGGAAAACGGUUACUUUCAAAAAAUUAGCAAGCAUGUGCAUGGAUUUGAAAGAAAAAACAUCACCGAUGAUAAUGGGAAUAUUUCAAAAUCUUACCAAAGACUUAUGACUAAUUAUUUUAGCAUCGGACUUGAUGCUAGAAUUGGGCUAGGAUUUGAUAAGCGAAGAUCUAAGAAAAAAUGCUUUAAUAAAUGCAUCUACGUUUGGGAAGGCUUCAAAAAAAUGUGCUGCCUAAGGGUCCCAAAACUAAAGACCAUGGUAAAUUCAUUCAUCGAAGCUGAAAAUAAAGUUAUUUUCGAUAACUCAGCGCCUGGUGAAACAAAUUUGCCACGAAAUACCUCAGUUUUCCUAAUGCUGAACUCCAGAACUUAUGCAGGACAAGAUCAUUAUGUAUGAGAUAAGGCUAAAUCCAAAAGUAAUUCCACUUUUCAGCCACAAAACCCAAGAGAUGGGCUGCUAGAGUCAAUGUAUUUUAGAGGCAAUUUUGAUUUGGGAUUAGAACAAGUUCCAGGUUUAGGCGGCAGAGCUACAAAGCUUAAUCAAGGAGCUGGACCUUUUGUUUUGAAUUUUGCUCCAAUGGAUGAUGAAGAAGAAGUGAGGGUUUACAUGCAAAUUGAUGGAGAGUACUUUUAUGCUGUCCGCCCUAAGCAAGCAAGAGUAAGCCUUUCAAACAUCUCCAAAGAAGGUGUCUCGAUAUUAGUUAGACAGAAAAAAUAA